AGCAAACGUAUAAUUUUUAGGUUCUGCGUAGGGUUAUGUGAUGUCUGUGUACCAAAUAUUUUAUAUCGUCUAAAAAUUAUAGGUUUUUUCAGUACUGCUACUUUGCGAUUGUGUAAAAAAUAAGCUCGGUGUGAAAGAGAAAGGACAAUGAGGCUAUAACACGUGUAUUAUUGUAUCAUAUCUACAGUAUCAGUAUUUUUCAUCUGAACCAAAAUAAGUUUGAACAAAAAUGAUGGAGGUUCCUGAGCAUGGUUAUGCUUUCAAUGACAAUUCUAUGGAAGUAGACCCACUGGCACUAGUAGAUACAGCAAUAAAAACGGAAAUUAAAGAAGAUCCUGACCAGCUCCCAGAAAAUACUGUACAACAUGAACUUUUACAGCAUGGGGAGCAAAGUGAAGACUACCAUGGGAUUAAAGUUGAAGAAAUGGAUGAGUCUCAUUUUCAUAUUGCCAGUAACUCUGAUUUACCCAGUAUACAUGAUGUAGGAUCUGCACAGUUAGAUGCUUCUGACAAUUCUGUAGUAUCUUCAUCAGUUGUUAGAGGAUUGCAAAAUGAUUAUCAGCAUGGGCGUCACCAGAAAAGAAAAUAUGGCAUGCCAUAAAGUCAUUUUCAAUGACAUGAUUACGACAUAUCAGUAGGACGAAUGAAGUGCAGGGUUGCCAGAUGGAUCGAACAGAAUUCCCCCAGAACAAGCACAAAAAUCCCUCAGAUUUGAAAUUUUGGGAGGUGAAUAAAAUAAAAACUAUAUUUUCCAGCGAAUUGAAACUAUUUCAAACUUGUUAG